CGUCCGCUCGACCAUACAAAGCAUCAUCUUUCAUCACAUGGCUGCUUGCCAUUUGUGUUUGGCUUCUGCAUCUAACACGCUCUUGGAUCCUUCCUCUUCCAACAGUAACGAAACAGGUUUAUUGUUUUGUUGAGAGUUGCAUACUCUACAUAGUUAUUGCAUUCAACUUACUCGGAUACGGCAGAGGCACCCUUCACCGCUCAGGGCUUUUGCUAUUGAUUCCAUUAUCUAUCGACACCUCCUUCACGACAAGGGAAAAAACAGUUGUUGUCGAAGCAUAUAGAUGUGUGCCUGAGGUCGAUUGACGUACUCGUCAUGGUAGAUCUUUCGUCGGCUGCUAUCCUGGGCUACCUGGCACCCGUCUGCGUGGCCUUUGUCUUCUUCUGCUCAUGGGUCUAUGUUGGAGCAAGACGACGACGUCGUCUUCGCCGGCUUCGCAAUAAUGAUCCGGAAACUGCGCCCAUCGGGUCCAACCGAGUCGUGAUCUCCCACAGUGAUGUCGAUCAACGCUUUCCGCGAGUCAAAUACAGUGACUGGUUGGAGGAAAGGAACAGAGACUUGCAAAGCAAAGGGAUAGCAGGGACGAAAGUAUCCGAGACUACUGAGAUCACUACCAUCAAGGACGCCCCGAGCUCCGAGGAUAAAUCUACCGGUGCGCCUCGACAAUGUCUCGCGCAUGAUGAGCUUGGUCCUGUUGCUGGCAACGUGACACAGUCCUCUGGCAUAGGAGAUGGAUCUGAUGGAGCGGACUCGAGCAAAAUGUGUGUCAUAUGCAUGGACGAGUUUCACCCUCUAGACUCCGUCCGGCCGUUGCCCUGUGGGCAUAUCUUCCACGCGUCGUGUCUGGAUCCAUGGCUCACCAAGCGGCAUGCCUGUUGCCCCCUAUGUAAGACGAGCUAUUGUAAUCCGAAGCAGGGUCAGACUGGCUGGCUUCGUUCCGGGUCAGAGCCGGCGUUUCCCCAGGCGGUUGUUAUCAGAACUAAUAUCAUUCCGCAAUAUUGAGGUCUGGCUCUGGACGAAGAACUGCGUGUUGGUAAAGACAUGUAAGUGGAUUGCAUGCUUCUCAGCCGUCUUCGUGGGUUGGUUCCUGAGAUGAGCUGAUCACAGUGUUUGCAG